CCCGGAAGCGCGUCCGGCCGGCCGGAAGCGAAGGCCGGGAGGAGAAUGGCGGAGGGGGAGGUGUCCGAGGGCUGCCGCCUGCCCGUGCUGCGCCGUAACCAGGACAACGAGGAUGAGUGGCCACUGGCCGAGAUCCUGAGUGUGAAGGACAUCAGUGGGAGGAAGCUGUUCUAUGUCCACUACAUCGACUUCAACAAACGCCUGGACGAGUGGGUGACCCACGACCGGCUGGACCUCAAGAGGGUCCAGGUGCCCCGAAAAGAGGCCAAGACCCCCACCAAGAACGGCCUGCCCGGCUCCCGGCCCGGAUCCCCCGACAGGGACCCGAAGCGGAAGGUCGAGGUGGUGUCACCGGCCACGCCCGUCCCCACCCCCAGCGAGACCUCGCAGGCGUCCGUGUUCCCCCAGAACGGCUCAGCGCGCCGGGCGGUGGCGGCUCAGCCGGGCCGGAAGAGGAAAUCAGCGUGUCUGGGGACAGAUGAGGACUCGCAGGACUCGUCGGACGGAGCCCCCUCGGCGCCCAGGAUGACCGGGAGCCUGGUGUCGGACCGGAGCCACGACGACAUCGUCACCAGGAUGAAAAACAUCGAGUGCAUCGAGCUGGGCCGGCACCGCCUCAAGCCCUGGUACUUCUCCCCGUACCCGCAGGAGCUGACGGGGCUGCCCGUGCUGUACCUGUGCGAGUUCUGCCUCAAGUACGGGCACAGCCUGCGCUGCCUGCAGAGACACCUGACCAAAUGUGACCUCCGGCACCCCCCUGGGAACGAGAUUUAUCGCAAGGGCACCAUUUCCUUCUUCGAGAUCGACGGCCGCAAGAACAAGAGUUAUUCCCAGAAUCUCUGCCUCCUGGCCAAGUGUUUCCUGGACCACAAGACCCUUUACUACGACACCGACCCCUUCCUCUUCUACGUCAUGACCGAGUACGACUGCAAAGGUUUCCACAUCGUGGGCUACUUCUCCAAGGAGAAGGAGUCGACCGAGGAUUACAACGUCGCCUGCAUCCUGACCCUGCCCCCGUACCAGCGCCGGGGCUACGGCAAACUGCUCAUCGAGUUCAGUUACGAGCUGUCCAAGGUGGAGGGUAAGACGGGCACCCCCGAGAAGCCGCUGUCGGACCUGGGGCUGCUGUCGUACCGCAGUUACUGGUCCCAGACCAUCCUGGAGAUCCUCAUGGGGCUCAAGGCCGAGGCCGGCGAGCGGCCCCAGAUCACCAUCAACGAGAUCAGUGAGAUCACCAGCAUCAAGAAGGAGGACGUGAUCUCCACCCUGCAGUACCUGAACCUCAUCAACUACUACAAGGGUCAGUACAUCCUGACGCUCUCCGAGGACAUCGUGGAGGGCCACGAGCGGGCGAUGCUCAAGCGGCUCCUGCGCAUCGACGCCAAGUGCCUGCACUUCACCCCCAAGGACUGGAGCAAGCGGGGCAAGUGGUGAGGCCACGCCCCGCCAGGCCACGCCCCCCUCAUUAAACACCACCUGGCCCCGCCCA